UCAAUAUGGCUGCUCCAGGAAAACAGUAUGGACUUAUUUUUCCCAAGAAGCUGCAACAGAAAAAUAUUUUUGCUCCCAAACACUCAGCAUUUGCUGAAGACUCUGAUGAUGAGACUUCGGUUGGGCAGAGUCUACAGAAGGAGGCCUUGAAGAAGAGAGGAAUGAAGCAGACCAAGCUGGAGAUCCAGAGAGCCCUGGAGGAGGAUGCCUCUGUGUAUGAAUAUGACAGUAUAUAUGAUGACAUACAGAAGAAAAAAGAGGAAGAUACAGCUCAACUGCUGUCAGGGCAAGAUAGGAAGCCCAAGUAUAUCCAAAAUAUCUUACAAGCUGUUGAAGUGAGGAAGAAGGAACAGGAAAAGCGGAUGGAGAAAAAGAUUCAGAAAGAACGUGAGCUGGAAGGAGACGAAUUUAAGGAUAAAGAGGCGUUUGUGACGACUGCCUACAAGAAAAAGCUGCAAGAGAAGGCUGAAGAAGAAGAGCUGGAAAAAAGAGAGGCUGAAUUGGAAGCUUCUCUUGAUGUUACCAAACAAAAAGACCUGAGUGGAUUUUACAGACAUCUAUUAAAUCAGACUGUUGGAGAAGAAAAGGCUCCAGAAUGCAGCUUGAGAGAUACAGGAGUAAAAGAGGAGAAGCCAAAGGGCUAUCCAGAUGAAGUAGACAACAGCAGCAAGGAAGAAAACAUUGAUGCCGAUAGUGAUUUGGGCACGGAGUCUAGUGAGGAAGAGGACACCGCAGAUAAAAAGCCUCCAAUCAAAUCUGAGAAUCUCAAGAAAGGUGGAAAGACCUAUCGGAAACAGAGACAGUCUAGUUCAUCCAGCGAAGAACAAAAUAACCAUAAGGGAAAGGACAGAUCUAAGACUGAAGCAAGUGGGCCUGACAAAGACAAAUCCCAUCAGGAUUAUGGCAGAGACUGGCAGGAAGAGUUUGAUGAAAGAUCAAAGUAUGGGGAACAUAGUGACAAAGAUAGACACAGGAAGAGGGAAGAGUCAGAUUCAAAGCUAAGAGCUAUAGAAAAGAGAGAACUUAAAAGUAGCAAAGACGGAAGAAGAGAUGAUGAUAGGCAUAGAAAAGAAGAGUUUGAUUUUUAUAAUGAAAGAGAACGAGCAAAGGGAAGAGACAGGAAUGUUAAAGAAUACAGACACAAAGAAUAUGAUGACAGGUCAGAAAAAGACUUCAAAGAUCGGUCAGAGAGACCGUAUGAGCACAAGCUGGACAGAGAACGAGGAGAAAAAAUGGAGAGAGAUUAUGGAAGAAGGUCAGACAGAGAUAGGUUAGAGAGAGAUAACAAAGAUAGGUUUUAUAAUGAACGUGGGGAGAGAUCAGAGAGGCAGCGUGGGGAGAGGUCAGAGAGGGAGUAUAAGGAGAGGCCAGACAGAGAACGUGGGGAGAGGGAGCGUAGAGAGAGGACAGACAGGGAGCGUGGUGAGAGAUCGGACAGGGAGCACAGAGAGAAGUCAGAUCCAGAGGACAUAGAAGCUAAGGAUAUAAAGCACAGUGAAAUUAGUAAAAAGAGAAGUUCAUCACCGUCUGAAAUUCCACUUAAAAUUGAUUCCAAGAGUGAUGCGACAGAAACCGAAAAUGUGAAUAAUACCUCAGCCAAUAAGUUUGCAAAGCGCAGUAAUGAAGAGACUGUGGUAUCGGCCAGGGACCGAUACAUGGCACGACAAAUGGCUCGGGUAAGCACCAAAGCCUAUGUGGAGAAAGAGGAGGAUUAGCAAGAUUCGUUUGGUCAUUUAAGAAUAU